AUGGCGCCCGCGACCCUCAUGAUCGAUCCCAGUGACGACUUCGUCAUGCCUGUCACAAAGUCUGUCCAAUCUACCUCGCCACCCAAGCGAACGCUUCUUCUGGCGCCUCCUUCUCUUGCUUCCAAUUCCGACGCGCUCACAUCUAUCCUCGCCGAUUAUGAUCGCUCCGUCACCGAUCUCCAGAUGCUUGACCGUCUCUCCCUGGGAUUGGUCACAUUACCUCCUUCCACCUACGACCUUGUCUUGGUCCUGUCCGAUGCCUCUUCUAUGUUAGGCGAAUCCCUUGCUUUGAUGAACCGAACUGUCCUUGGAUCUCUCGCCGAGUCCCUAAAGCCUAGCGGUCGUCUACAGUCUCAAGAUGGCAACAGCCUGGAGGAGUCCACUUUGUCAAAAGAAGCAGUUUUGGCCGGGUUGAUAUCAUCGCGGGGUGGUUUUGAGAAACCCGACUACGGUGAGAAUGACGGAGCCAUUACUCUGAAGUUUGGCAAGAAGAAAUCCCAGCCUGCUCCUCUCGCAGAUGGCUCUGUCCCUCUGAACCUGAAGAGGAAGCCCACUGAGGCGAAACCGAAACCAGCGGUCCCUGCCGGCGUCGGCUUCAUCGAUCUUGAAGACGACCUUGAGGACGACGAUCUAAUUGACGAGGAUACUCUCAUGACUGAAGCGGAUCUGGCGAGACCCAUCAAUAUCCCUGCGGAAUGUCUACCCAAGGCUGGCAAACGUCGUCGGGCCUGCAAGGACUGCACAUGUGGUUUGGCUGAACGUCUUGCUGCCGAAGACGCCGAUAAGCGCGCAACCGCCGACAAAAAACUUGAGAGCAUUAAACUGGCAACAGACGACCUGGCCGAGAUCGACUUCACCGUGCAAGGUAAGGUUGGCUCAUGCGGCAACUGUUCCCUUGGCGACGCUUUCCGUUGUGACGGAUGCCCUUAUAUUGGGCUUCCUCCCUUCAAGCCAGGUGAAGAAGUUCGCCUGCUCAAUAACGAUGUGCAACUCUAA